UUUGCCCCCUCUUUAACUACUACCUUCUACUUUAUCUUCCCUACAAAAAUGGUUGUGUAGUCCAGACUCUCUCCUCCUGCUCACUAGCUUCAUUGGUCUUUGUUAAACUUUUUCUUUCCCAAUGAAGAAUUAAUCUUUUGAUUGCCAUUGAAAGUAUAUAUAUGGGCAAAGAUUUGCUAUUCUAGAAUGAGGAAGCUAAGUUUUGGCAAAGUUUUAGACUGUUUUAGUACUACUCUUUCUUCUUCUGGAUCUUGUUUUUGCAUCAAUGAUUUUGGAAAUCAUGACGAUUUGUUAGAAAGCAAGCCACUGAUGAAUAAUCCUUCAGAAGAUGAACAUUUGGUGAGACUUAAGGAUAUCAUUAAUGUGGGACCUCCAACUCUAGCUUUCCAUUUGAAGCCUAAGGUGGUGGUGCUAAGAGUGUCCAUACACUGCAAUGGUUGUGCAAGGAAAGUUGAGAAACACAUCUCCAAAAUGGAAGGGGUGACAAUGUACCAAGUAGACCUUGAAACCAAGAAAGUGGUUGUUAUUGGAGACAUAUUACCUUUCCAAGUUUUGGAGAGCAUUUCAAAAGUCGUAAAAAAUGCUGAGCUUUCGAGUUGGAACACUCCUCAAGAUGACUCGUUAUAAUGGGGAACCUACUCUAUGUUGAAUUCAUACAAGUAUUAGAGGAAAAAGGAGUUCAUUAUUCUCAACACUACUUCUUAUUCACUACUAUUUUCUUUUUCAAAUCUGCUUUGAAAUAUUUUUUUAUAGUCGAGGGUCUAUCAGAGAUAACUUUUUUAUCUUCACAAAGUAAGGGUAAAAUCUGCGUACACACUAUAUUUUUCAGGCUCCACCUGUAAAAAUACACUGAACUGUAUAUGUUGUUUGUUGUUGUAGUAGUGGAAAAGAAGGAGGAGAUAAAAGAGGGGGAAAAGAGCACAAAAUGUUAAUGAUUAAAGAAAAAAGGCUAUAUAUGCAAUAGUGCAACCACAUGUAUUCUGUAUCUUCAGCAUAAAAAUGAAGCAUAUGUACAUUUGGAGUGAUUUGUACAGAUAAAUUGUACUCCAAUAAGAUGUCAUGUAGUUUGCCUUGUA